AUGCACCGCGAGGAAGUAGUGGCUGCUCAAAGGAUACAAUCUGCAUACAGAAGAUUCUUGCACAAGAGAAACUUAAGGGUAGCUGCUGCAGUUAAAAUCCAGAGCCAUUGGCGGGGUUUAUCAGCACGCAAGUGCUUUACAAGGCAAGUUCAGGCUAUCGUAGCAAUCCAGACCUCAACAAGACUAUUCUUGUACCUCCGGGCUUUUCAGCGGCACCGGCUUGCUGCAAUACUGAUUCAGCGUGUUGUUAGAGGAUGGUUAGCUAGAAAGAGACUGUUAGGUUCUUCUUCGCUGCAAGCCUACACAAGAUUUUGUGUACCUGACCAAAGUCAACACAAAAAAUGUCAUCAAAGCUUUGAGUUGAAAAUUGUGCUACAUUCAUUCUUAAGGCUACAAAGACAAAGAUGGUGGAGGUUCCUGCUGCAUCAGUCCAUCAAAACACCAAUGAUCUCAAUUCAAUCUAUUGUCCGUGGUUGGUUGGCUCGGAAACAACUAAAUCGAAUAUUCUGUUGCAUCAACAUCAUUCAAAGAUGGUGGAGAAAACGUUUGUUUCUUGAAUCAAGGAAGAAAGCUGUGAUUGUUAUCAAGGCUCAUUUUCGUGGUUGGAUAGCACGACAAACUGCUAUUAGAAAUAGGAAGCUCAUUACUACAAUUCAGUCCUAUGUCAAAGCCUACCUUGUGAGGAAAGCUUCGAAGCAAGAAGUUGCUCAUAUAUGGUCUAGACUGCUGAAGUCUUCUGCACAUGUUGAUGAUAGCACGCGCCUGAUCAACAGAUUGGUGGCUGCACUUUCGCAGCUUCUUCACUGUCGGAGCAUAAGCAGCAUUCAACAAACUUGCGCAACAUUAAGUGCUGCCACAGAUUAUUCCAAGAAAUGCAGCGAAAUACUAGUCAGUGCGGGUGCUGUAGACAUUUUGCUGAAGCAAAUUCAUUUGCUGAACCGUAGGAUCCCUGACCAGGAAGUAUUGAAGCAAGUGCUCUUUACCAGCAACAUUGCACGCUAUCCGAAUCUUAGAAUGGUGCUAGUCAACACUCCAGAAUCAGUUGAAAUUAUCUUCCAGGAGUUACUGAGGAACAAAACAGACGGGUUCUUCAUCGUCGCAGCUGAUAUUCUGAAGAAGUUGUGUGAAUCCAAGGAAGGCCAUGAAACCGCCCGAGAACUCCAGUACCACACAAGGAGGCUGCGCAAUCUGGUGCAGGACCUCGAAAAGGUGGAGCUCGACAAGAGGAAUGACCGCACUGGAGUCUUGAAGGAGAACAACUAUCAUCUCCUCACUGGUGAUCAUUAA